AGCGGAGCGGUUAAUUUUAAUUCCCGUUUAGUGUGCGUAGUACGCCUAGUUUUAAAUAGUAAGUAGCUUCCCCGUGAAGCCGUGCGCAGAAUAAUGGAAUCUCCUUUGAGUGGGUGCGCAGGUUAACACCCAAGGAGAAGAACAACGACCCCAAGGCUACAGAGAGAGAGAGAGUUUCGAUCGUCCGAUCGAUCGAUGCAGCCGUCCGAUCCAUGUCGAGAAUGAAGCAUCUCCUCCGCAAACUCCACAUCGGAGGCAGCGUCAACGACCACCAGCGAUUAGGCGAAAACCGUCAGAAUUCUCCUUCUCCUUCUUCUUCUUCGUCACCUGCUUCUUCUUCUUCUUCGGCGACGGCGACCGCGACCGCAUCAGCGAGAAGCAGGACCGCCGAAGCCGGUCCUCCUGCGGAACUGCAGCGGGCCGGGGCCGGGGCCGGCGGCGCUUCUGCUCCCUCCAUCACCCCUUCCGAUGGCUCCGUCGAUUUCAAUUUCUUCGAAGAGGAGUUCCAGGUGCAGCUCGCCCUCGCCAUCAGCGUCUCGGAUCCCGAUUCUCGCGAGGAUCCGGAAUCCGCGCAGAUCAACGCUGCCAAGCGCAUCAGCCUCGGGUGCACGCCGUCCCCUAAUGUCGAGUUCCUAUCACUUCGGUAUUGGAACUAUAACGUUGUAGAUUAUGAUGAAAAAGUGGUGGAUGGGUUUUAUGAUGUAUAUGGCAUUGUCUCAAAUCCAAACAUGCAAGGGAAAUUACCCUCACUUGUAGACCUCCAAGCAAUAUCCAUUUCAGAUAAUGUUGAUUACGAAGUGGUUUUAGUAAACAGAACUGUUGACCAUAAACUGCAACAGCUUGAGAGAAGGGUAGCAUCUAUUGCUUCGCAAUGCCAAGCUGCACAGGUUGGUCCAGCUGUAAAUGGGUUGGUCCAGAAGAUAGCUGAUCUUGUUGUUGAAAGUAUGGGCGGUCCUGUUGGGGAUGCUGAUGAUAUGUUAAGAAGGUGGACAAUCAAGAGUUAUGAGUUGCGGAAUGCUCUCAACAGUAUUGUUCUUCCACUUGGUUGCCUUGAGGUUGGACUGUCACGUCACAGGGCCUUGCUUUUCAAGGUACUAGCUGAUCGGAUCGGUUUGCAAUGUAGGCUGGUGAAAGGAAGCUACUACACUGGUACAGAUGAAGGAGCUGUGAACAUAAUUAAAAUUGAUCAGGAAAGUGAAUACAUCAUCGAUCUAAUGGGAGCUCCAGGGACAUUAAUUCCUGCUGAAAUACCCAGCAGUCAUCUUCAAAAUUCCGGACUCAAUCUAAUGAGCUCCGCUACGAUGGAACAGACGGUCAAGGAUUUAUGUUUGGCACUUGAUAAUGGAAGAUUGGAAGCAAGCUCAUAUGGUCCGAAUCUUGAUCUGAAAUUAGUUGGUUCAGGGUCAGAUGGUGCAUCAAGAGUUUAUUCUCAUCAGGAAGAGGGUGUUGUCAGUCUUAAUGAAAGAAAUCAAACUGCAAGAUUUGAGCACGAAUUUGGGAAGCUUCCUUCAUUAGGUAGACUGCGCAGAGGGUCAUCGGGAAUGGAGGAAACAGCUUCAUCUGCUCAACAGAUGAAAGUUAAAGAUGUUUCCAAAUAUGUGAUCAGUGCAGCACAAGAUCCAGAGUUUGCACAGAAACUACAUGCUGUGCUGCUGGAGAGUGGUGCAUCACCCCCUCCAGAUUUGUUUUCUGAUAUAAAUUCUCUGCAGGAUCUGGUAGAACAAAAGAUGCUGGGUCGAACCUACAUAACAGAAGGGAGGAAAAUUGAUGGCAGAGGUGAACCAUGUCAAGACACGUUGUUGCCAGACAUGGAACUCUCUCUUAUACCCUUUCAGGGAGUAAAAUCUUUCACCAAUAUUGUCUGUGGAGACGAACAAAAACAUUUGGCUGAUGAUUUGGCUCAAAAGCAGAGGCAGGCUACAAAUGUUUCCGAUAGCAGUUUGGGAUAUCAGAAUUCAAGCCGAAAUCCUUCUGUAGAAAAUCCUGGCUUGGGUGCCACAGAUCUUUGUUUUCCUGUCAAUGCAAAUGCCAUCAGUCCAGGUCUACCCUCACCUUUGGGGUGUACAAGUGAAUGGCUUAUGAUCCAGGCUGAUUCUACUACCGUGGCGGACUGUGUCCCUAUGUCAGAUUCAUCUGCCGUAGUGCCAACAGCUUCAUAUGGGGAACAAGUUCGAGAAUAUUUCAUGCCAUGCACAGCUGACGCAAGUCAGACACAACCUGGAAAUGCUUUUUGUGGAGGUGGUGCGCAAUGCUUUCAAGCAAGCACAGGAAGAAUUCCAAACCAUCUUGAAACAAGAGGAAAUGUUUCCUCACCAGUGGGUCAAGAGAAGAUCAAUGAAUCUAUGGCGAGAUUCAUAGAAACAGCCACUAUCAUUCCACAUACUGCAAUCAGUAACAAUGAGAGGAGUAGUGCAAUGCUGGAUGAUGUUGCAGAAUGGGAGAUUCCUUGGGAAGACCUUCAGCUUGGUGAACGGAUCGGUCUUGGUUCAUAUGGGGAGGUUUAUCACGCGGAUUGGAAUGGCACAGAAGUUGCCGUGAAGAAAUUCUUGGACCAAGCCUUCUCGGGUGAUGCAUUGGAGCAGUUUAGAUGUGAAGUUAAAAUCAUGCUCAGGCUGCGGCAUCCAAAUGUUGUUCUUUUCAUGGGAGCAGUUACUCGUCCUCCAAAUCUCUCAAUACUGACUGAGUUUCUUCCAAGAGGGAGUUUGUACAGGUUAUUACAUCGCCCCAACAUUCAACUCGAUGAAAAACGGCGAUUGCGAAUGGCACUGGAUGUGGCCAAAGGGAUGAAUUACUUGCACACAAGCCAUCCUACUAUCGUGCAUCGAGAUUUAAAGUCCCCAAAUCUUCUAGUUGAUAAAAACUGGGUGGUUAAGGUCUGUGAUUUUGGCUUGUCACGGUUGAAGCACCACACAUUUCUAUCUUCAAAAUCUACGGCUGGAACGCCAGAAUGGAUGGCGCCAGAAGUUCUAAGAAAUGAACCAUCCAAUGAGAAAUGUGAUGUCUACAGCUUCGGUGUGAUACUGUGGGAGUUAGCUACCUUGCGCAUGCCGUGGAGUGGAAUGAACCCAAUGCAGGUAGUUGGAGCUGUCGGGUUCCAAAAUAGACGCCUCGAUAUACCAAGUGAGGUUGAUCCGAUGGUUGCACAGAUCAUAUGUGAUUGUUGGCAGAGUGACCCGGGUCUACGCCCCUCGUUCACUCAGCUGAUGGCUCCGCUGAAACACCUCAAGCGCUUAAUUGUGGAGGUCACUUAAGCUCCAACACUUGGGUAAAUGAAUGAAAAUAAUGGUAGUUUGCCACGUUAAAGUGUGCCAAAGUGGCACAACUUUGGUUGCGGAAACAUUGGUAGCAAAACUUGGAGAGUACGGAUAUCGAGAGGAGAGAUUGAAGUCAGAGUAGAUGAUUUGCUCAAAGUUGCAACCCCUGAACCCUGCCAGAAUGGUGAGUGGGACGUUUCUCUGUCAGAUGACGAUUGCGCGAAGUGCAUCGGAAGACAAACAGGGAAGUAGCAUGUCGCCUAGUGUUUUAAAAAAAAUGUUAAAAGAAAAGGAAGAAAGUCUAUAACAAAUAUUAUAAUUAUUGUUGAUGUUUUGGGUGUCUAAUUCAGUGAAGCUCUGGCAGCUUCAGAAAUGUAUACAUCAGAUUUGUGCUGAUAAUUGUCAAGAAAAGAAGGAAAAGAAAAAGAACAUUGGAUGGGAACACACAAAGGCAGUGUUCCAUCAUUAUUUACAACA